AUGUGGCUAGAUCGCCUCUCCGGCCACUCUACCCCCUCUGGGACACCUCCCCCAUCCGGACAUCGUUAUCCUUCCCCGAGCCGAAGACUAUCGCGAACUUCCUCGUCCCAAGGCUUUCGAUCAAGCUUACACCCUCGCUCCUCAUCGACCUCUCUUUUGCUAUCCCCUAAUGACUCCUCCGCCUCCUUGCCGGCUACCGCUAGAAACGCCUCCAACGGAAGUCCGCAGAAAUCGGUCUUCUUGCGCACACCGCCCGCUGAGGUCACGAGUCCGCUAGAAGUCUUGAAUAGUAUCAUUGGGAAGAAGCCAUCGGACCAAUUAGAUGAGGCCAGUACUGGAAAGCCCGCUCAACUGGUAGAGGAUAUCGACUUUGGAGAUCUGAGUCUGGAAGGAUUCGUGAAUCGCGGAAAGCAGUCUGGUGGUCUUCUCAGCAGCGAGGAUGGCGUGGGGACAAUAGAACAAUCUGAUCGGGAGAAUUUAGUCGCUGGAGAUCAGGACAAGUUCCAGGAGCUUCACAAUGCCAUUGCUGACUGUGAUGACGUACUCAAAUCGGUUGAGUCGUAUCUCGCCGAUUUCCAGACCGAGCUUGGCAUUGUCUCUGCCGAAAUCGAGACGCUUCAAACCCGAUCAGUACAAUUGAAUGCCAAGUUAGAGAACCGGAGGAACGUGGAGCGACUACUUGGCCCGGCAGUUGAGGAUAUUAGUAUAUCUCCAAAUGCGAUUCGCACCAUAAUAGAUGGCCAUAUCGACGAAAACUGGGUCAGGGCUCUGAACGAGAUCGAGGCCCGCAGUAUAAGCAUUGAGAAAUCAGCUGGGUCAUCUCGCAAGGCUGUGGAUGAUGUUAAGCCGCUGCUGGUUGACCUAAAGCACAAGGCCACAGUGCGUAUUCGGGACUACCUUGUCUCUCAAAUCAAAGCUAUUCGUGCUCCGAAUAUGAAUGCUCAAUAUAUUCAACAGCACUAUUUGGUUAAAUACAAGGAUAUUUACGCUUUCUUGACUAGGGCACACCCGACUCUUUCAGAGGAGAUUGCCCAAGCAUAUGUCAAUACAACGAGGUGGUAUUACCUAUCCAACUUCACGCGUUACAGCCAAGCUUUAGAAAAACUUAAGAUCCAUGCACCCGACUCGAAUCAUGUCUUGGGAGGAGAUCCAUCAGUGCAGAGAGGGGUCAGUGCUGGUCCUGGUGGUAGAGGCAUUUCAUACGAUCCAUUCACUCUUGGAAGACGGAUUGACGUAUUGAAAACCGGCAACCAUAUGGCAAUCAGCUCCUACAUCGCCGAGGAGGAUAAAUCAAUCCAUGGCUUUGAGGUGCCCUUUCGACAUUUCAAUCUUGCUCUGGUUGACAACGUGUCGGCAGAGUAUUCUUUUCUGACGGAGAUGUUUUCUGUCAAAUCCUACCAACAGAUUUCUCGCAAGGCAAGUGAGAUUUUCGAGCCAGUUUUUGCGCUUGGGCAAAAUGUGACAAAAAGUCUCAUUGAAAACACAACCGACUGUUUGGGCGUGCUCCUCUGUGUCCGGCUAAAUCAACGAGCGGCGUUUGAACUUCAGCGACGAAAAGUACCGGUUGCAGAGUCCUAUAUCAACGGGGUUAAUAUGCAGCUUUGGCCCCGGUUCCAAAAGAUCAUGGACUUGCAUUGCGAAUCUCUCAAGCGUCUUGCUUUAGGUGCUGCCAGAAGCUCAGUAUCAGCGCUGUCAUUGACCACAGACGACGCGAAACAAUCUUCAGCUCCACACUUUCUCACUCAGCGCUUUGGACAGCUUCUGCAUGGAAUUUUGUCAUUAAGCAACGAAGCUGGUGACGAUGAACCGGUCUCCAUUAGCCUUGGUCGGCUAACAGGUGAAUUUGAUGCAUUGCUGGCCAAGUUGAGCCGAGGAUCUGGCGAUGCAAAACGACGAGAACGAUUCUUGUACAAUAACUACUCGUUGAUUUUAACCAUAAUAAGCGACACCGAUGGAAAACUGGCGACAGAGCAGAAAGAGGUUCUCGACUUCACGAGCGCACAAUGCAGACUUUACACACGCGGUUCGUCAUCAUCCCAUAAAAACUACGCUAUCUCAAUCUCUUUGCGUGUACUCGCCACUCACUCGAGAAUUGAAAAGAUAAUUGGCGGGGGUGUCGUUGGCCUCGCAGUCGCUCGUCAACUGGCUGCGCGAGAAGGCACGAGCACCAUUUUACUCGAACGACAUGACAGCGCGGGAACAGAGACAAGCAGUCGCAACUCCGAGGUCAUCCAUGCUGGCAUUUAUUAUCCGGCCGACUCGCUAAAAACACGCCUAUGCAUCGCUGGCAAGAACAAACUAUACGAUUACUGCGCCAAAAAGGGCGUUCCGCAUAGAGUCACGAAGAAGUGGAUUGUUGCACAGAAUGAGGUCGAAUGGGAUGCAUGUCUGAAGCUGCACGAGCACGCAAAAAAUAUCGGUGUACCAACACGGUUUGUUGGCAAGGAGGAGGCUCAACGCCUAGAACCGGAUGUACGCGCUGAAGCGGGAAUUGUCGAGUCUCCGACGACCGGUAUACUAGAUGCUCAUUCCUUUAUGGCCUGUCUUCAGGGCGAUCUUGAGGAUCGAGGGUGCGAUAUCGCUUUUCAGACUGCGGUCACACGCAUUGAGCCGAUUGACAGGGGGAAGGGAGGAUAUCGCAUAUUUGCUACUUCUGCUGCUCCGUCUUCUUCCCCAGAGAGGUCGAAUAUAGAGGAAGCAUCAAUAACAGCGGAGACAAUCAUCAAUUCCGCAGGACUAUAUGCUUGUCAAAUCAGCAAUAUGAUCCUCCCACCAGAACGACAUCGAACGCCAUUCUACGCAAAGGGGACGUAUUUCUCUUACAGCGCUUCACAUCCCAAACCAUCAACAUUAAUCUACCCAGCCCCCGUCCCCGGUCACGGCGGUCUAGGUACACAUUUAACCCUAGACAUGGGCAACCGAAUCCGCUUCGGGCCAGACGUGGAAUGGGUCAAGAAUGCAACAGACUACAAGCCCUCUCCAGCCCGUCUCGCACAGGCAUUACCUGAAAUUCAAAAAUAUCUUCCCAAUAUCAACAUCGAUGCUAUCGAACUAGAUUACUGUGGUAUCCGCCCGAAACUAGGCCAUGGCAGCGCCAAUACUGGAGGAAAGGGAUUUCAGGAUUUCGUUAUACAGAAAGAAGAUGGCUAUAAAGGGUUCGUGAACCUCCUAGGAAUUGAAAGCCCUGGGUUGACCAGUUCUUUGGCCAUUGCCGAUAUGGUUGAGGAAUUGCUGCAUCGAUAG